AGCUGUAUGUUGAAAAUGACGUGUCAUGUGUUACUCGCGUUGCCACAUGAAUUCAAGGAGCAUGCAGCUUCGGAUUUGCAUGUAACUAGAAUCUUUCUACUUUCGCAGAAAUGAAAGAAAUGUGCAUUUGUGGCGCAGAUAUGAUACGGUUAGUCUGGAAACUGGACGGAUAAUCUCUCUUUGAUGUUUCGUUUGAUGCACUGUUGUCAAUAAUAAUGUCCCGUGAUACAUCACAUUGAAGACCGUGUGUAAUCUGUACAUAUAUAUAUAUAUAUAAAGAUAUAAGCUGUACAAUGUGGUCCUUUUUUUCAAAAGACCCUGCCAAAGAUUUCCCGUAUGAUAUCGGGGAGCCUAUCCUAGGCUUGGAAAACAAAAGCAUUUGGACGCUACACAGAGCCAAGAGAAAGGGUACCACAACUGGAGAGGAUGUUUCAGUUUUUGUCUUUGAUGUUAAGAACGGAGGGGAGCCACAGCUGGACAUUGCCCGUUCAGCUGUGAAAAGACUUAAGACACUUAGGCACCCGAGUAUACUAGCAUAUCUCGACAGUCUUGAGACUGACAAAAUGGUUUACUUAGCGACAGAACGUGUGGAGCCGCUGCAUAAUCGUUUGACACGGAAAUGUGACGCCGAGAGUAGGUCUAAGAACGAAUUGUACUUUUCCUGGGGUAUAUUUCAAAUUACAAGGGCACUUAACUUCUUAAAUAAUGAUGGGAAUUUACGGCAUAAUAAUGUCAAUCUGUGGACAGUGUUUGUCAACGAAGAGAGCGGGGAAUGGAAACUCGGUGGGGUUGAGUACAUGACUGCUGUGGACACGCCUUAUAAUUUAUUACCCCCCACUUUCCAAGUAUAUCAACCACCAGAGGCUAAAGAAAAUGCAAAACCAGUAACUAAAUGCUCAGUCGACAUGUGGGGACUCGGCUGCCUGAUCUGGGAAACAUAUAACGGCACGCUCAACACCACGCCACAGUUAAAAAAUACAGACAAAAUUCCGAGGCAAAUAGCGGCAGUGUAUCGAGAACUGACCGGCGGUAAUCCGGAAGGAAGACCAAAUCCCGCGGAUGUGAUAGCCCGUUGCCGCAGCAACGGUGGUUUCUUCAAGAACGACCUCGUGGACGCUCUGUUGUUCCUGGAGGAGAUUCAGAUGAAGGAGAGGGGCGAGAAGGGACGGUUCUUCGCGCAGUUAGCGGCCCAACUGGAUUCGUUUCCCGACGGUGUUGGUCGGUACAAGAUCCUGCCGCAGUUGCUGGCCGCCUUUGAGUUCGGGGAUGCCGGUAGUGCGGUACUGCCGCCGCUGUUGCAGCUGGGUUGUCAACUACCCGACGUCGAAUACCAGCGCCGUGUGGUGCCGUGUGUCGUGAAGCUCUUCGCGUCGAACGACAGGGCGACGAGAUUGCGUUUGCUGCAGCAAUUGGACCGUUUCGUCGAUCACCUGCAAUCGGCGACCGUUAAUGAGGCCAUCUUUCCACAGGUAGCGAGAGGUUUCCUCGACACGAAUGCAGCCAUCAGAGGUCAAACGAUCAAGUCGGUCGUGUAUUUAGCACCAAAGUUAGAUUACAAUAAUCUCAAUGUCGAGAUCCUAAGGUACUUCGCGAAGCUUCAGUCGAAGGAUGAACACGGUGGUAUUCGCACAAAUACCACAGUUUGCCUUGGAAAAAUUGCUCAACAUCUUCAUCCACAAAUCCGACAGAAGGUAUUGAUUGGCGCUUUUAUCCGUGGCACUCGCGAUCCGUUUCCUCCGGCCAGGACCGCGAGUAUAUUGGCUCUGGCCGCAACGCAACAGUACUAUCUGCUGCAGGAAGUCGCCAAUCGCAUUCUGCCGGCUCUGUGCCCACUCACCACAGAUGUGGACAAAGCAGUGAGGGACAAUGCGUUCCGAACAAUUCGUGGUUUUAUGUCUAAGCUUGAGAGGGUCUCGGAAGAUCCUGGUCUUCGUGAAUCAAUGGAGGCUGACGUGAAUACCGCGACACCCAGUCUCAGCAACGCUGCGGCCACGUGGGCAGGAUGGGCUGUCACCGCGGUAACGGCGAAGUUCUAUCGCAGUCAGUCGGACACGCCAAAAUCGUCGAAUGCCCAGAGCACAUCUAGGAUCCUAUUGAAUAAACCCGCUUCCUUAGAACAAGCCAGCAGCUCGCAGAGCAGCGCAAGUACAACCGCGACGACGAGUAGCGCAACGAGCACGACCUCCCUCGAUCCAGACUACGAGCAUGAUACGCAGAACACGCAGAACACGAAUUCCGAUUGCGACUGGGAUUGUUGGGAUGCCGACAAUUGGGGGGACAUGGAGCAGCAACCCGCCGCUACACAGUCGUCGGUACCGUUGAAUCCAGCCAGUACUAUAUCAUCGUCCGGCCACUCCCCCAAGGCCAAUGAACAGUGGACCAGCCUUGAAGAGGAACCGGAGGAAGAAGCAGCCCAAGGUGUUCAAGAAAAAAAUGAUUCUUCCGAGGUAGGAUGGGAAGAUUCGGAAUUUCAGCCUUUCGAGGAUGUUCAACCUAUAGAACAACCAGGCGUUCCUAGCGGAAACAAUAAAUUUGAGGAAGCAAAAAGGAAAAGAGAGGAGCGCAAAUUAGCUAGGCAAAGGCAAAUGGAGGCGAAACGAGCGGUGAAAUUGCGAACCAAUCCAGCCGUUAAGAAGAUUUAAGUGAAAUAAUUACACGCCGUAUAUUAUUGAACAUUCUAUUGUACAUUAAGCGAAUUAAACAUUACGAGUAAUACAAUGAAAGUAUUUUCUGUAUUUAUAACUUGUCCGAUAUAAAAGAAAGAAAAAGAUUCAUUCGAAA